CGAUGAUUGCCAACAUUCCCUUUUGAAUAAUAAUGGUAAACUUCAAAAUUUCAGAUAGACAGCCUCCAAAAAUCGCAGCAAUAGGGUGGUUUGAAGUUUUGCAAAUGGGAUCGACUAAAGGACUAAUUAGUUUAAAAUUGUGAAAUUAUGUAACAACGUGCCUGAGAAAAGUGCCUUAGGAAAAUGGUUUUUGUUGAAAAAAAGGUAAUUUUAUGCAGUUUGGGACGGCAUCCAAACAUCCGAUGUGUUUUGAGGGGAUGCCUCUGCAAACAAUUUAAACAAUAAUUGUGGCUCGCUUAAGUGGUUAAUACUAAAAAUGAAGACAUUAAAGCUUAUUUGAAGGGUAUUUAGAGAGGGGAGGUCUAAAGUAAACUGAAUUUUUUGUUCUAAAUAAAGAAUUCCAAAUUAUUUCUUAGAAUGUGGAGAGAAGAACAAAAUGAUAUAUGA